GGCAGGGUCAGCGGGGGCGAGGAGGCCGCCGCCGACGGCCGGGGCGAGGGCGCGGAGAUGCGCCGUCUCGCGCUUCUCAUGGCCAAGUUGCUCGUGCAACGCGAGGACACGAAUCGCGGGAACGCGAGGGACGACAACUUCACGGUCACGCUGCUGCGGAAGGAAGGACAGAUGCAGCGCUGGGCAAGCGCUGGGAACGCGCUGGGCAAGCACCCCGACGUGUACAUGAAACAGCUCGUCUUCCGCCUUCACAAGGCAGCGCAGCUAGCCGGUCAGAACGUCACCGACGCAGCGAAGCAGGGCGCAGCGGCAUACCAGGUCAAGUUGGGUUUCGACCAUGCCGCCCGCUGCAAGACAGCGAAGGCGGUCGAGAUAAUCGCUUUCAAGACACGCAAGGCGCAGCCCCAGGGCCAGGGGAAGAAGAAGACCAAGGAGCAGUAG